AUAUCUCAAGCCAGCCACAGCUGUGAAAUAAAUAUGAAACAGGUUAAAAGUUUAACCUAACCUCUAAUAUUCAGGCUUCUGCGCCGCUCAUCCUCUCCUCUGCUACCGUCGUCUUCAUUCAAGAUCACUCAUCCACCGUCCGUUACAGGCAUAAAGGAACAGGAAAAUAAAUCUCGGUCUUGAUAAUAUUGCUAUAAAUUAUUCUACAACAUCCGUAUUAGCUCUCCUUUGACAAUGCAUGAACAUAAUUUAUGUAUUUUUGAUUUCUCGACCUUAGUAGUUGCUCUUCCACCUCUUUUCUUUGCUAUUAAUUGCAUUUAGAAGCUAGAUACAAUUUUCCAUAUAUCAUCUGGAAUCUAAAUAUUGGAAGGUCAUUGAUUCACUGAUUUUCCCGUUGAAUUUGCCUUUUGAACCCUUUGAGCCAUAUAUCUAACUAAUGGCACACGUUCUAUCACUUUGUCACUCCGUUUCUCCUUUGCAUUUGUUUCAAUCUUCCCAUUGUUGUCUUCUUUCUUCUGUAAAUGCAUCUGGCUUCUGUCUAUCAAUCCCAGUUGCUGUUCGAGCUUUUAUUCUUAAAAAUAUAAGAUGCCAAGGACACGUGCAAAGGCGAAUGCAAGUUCGACACCUGUCAAGAUCGAAGAACCGGUUCCCAAGAUAGAACCAGAAGAACAGGUGGACUUUGACGGGGAUAUCGAGGAGGAGGUUGAAUAUGAAGAAGUCGAGGAGGAAGUUGAAGAAGAAGAAGAGGAAGAAGUUGAAGAAGAAGUAGAGGAAGAAGAAGAGGAGGAAGAAGAAGAGGAAGAGGAGGAAGAAGAAGAGAAAGAUGAAGAAAUGGAAAACGUUGAAGACGAAGAAGAUGAGAAGGAAAAACAUGAAGAACUUCUUGCACUUCCUCCGUAUGGUUCAGAGGUCUAUCUCGGUGGAAUUCCGUUAAAUGCAUCUGAAGAUGACUUGAAAGAGUUUUGCGAAUCUGUAGGAGAAGUCACAGAGGUCCGGAUAAUGAAAGGCAAAGACUCGAGUGAGAAUAAAGGCUAUGCUUUUGUGACCUUCAGGACUAAGGAGUUGGCUUCUACUGCCAUCAAGGAGCUUAAUAACCGAGAGUUGAAGGGUAGGAGGAUCAAGUGUUCAACGUCCCAAGCGAAACAUAAAUUAUUUAUCGGUAAUGUUCCUAAAAAUUGGACACUGGAAGACAUGGAGAAGGUUGUCAGAAGAGUUGGACCAGGCAUUGAAUCCGUAGAGCUAUUAAAGGAUCCACAAAACUCUAGACGAAACCGUGGUUUUGCUUUUGUCGAGUAUUAUAACCAUGCCUGUGCAGAGUAUUCAAGACAAAAGAUGUCAAACCCUAAAUUUAAGCUUGACGAUAACGCUCCAACCGUUAGCUGGGCUGACCCAAAAAAUGCCGAGUCCUCAGCUUCUUCUCAGGUUAAGGCAGUGUAUGUGAAAAAUUUGCCAAAAAACGUAACGCAGGAGCAGUUAGAAAAGAUAUUCGAGCACCACGGGAAGAUUACAAAAGUUGUUCUUCCUCCUGCAAAACCAGGUCAUGAGAGGAGUAGGUUCGGUUUUGUUCAUUUUGCGGACCGAUCAAGUGUGUUGAAGGCUCUUAAGAACACGGAGAAGUAUGAGCUUAAUGGCCAAACACUGGAGUGCUCCCUUGCUAAACCGCAAGCGGACCAGAAAUCGUCCGGUGGAUCUUCAAGCGCACAGAAGGCUGCUGCUAUACUUCCGAGCCACGCUCCUCGUAUCGGUUAUGGUUUGGUUGGUGGUGCGUAUGGUGCUUUGGGUGCAGGCUAUGGUGCUCCAGGGUAUUCACAGCCUCUUGUUUAUGGAAGAGGACCUGCGACAGCGGGCAUGGCUAUGAUGCCGAUGCUUUUGCCCGAUGGAAGGAUUGGCUACGUUCUGCAACAAUCAGGUGUACCUCCGCACACCCCACCACCCCCGCCACAACAACAUAGAGGAGGUGGUGGUGGUCGCAGUGGCGGUGGUGGCGGCGGCAGUGGUGGUGGAAGCAGUUCAGGUGGUGGUCGAAGACGUGGUGGUAAUGACAGUGGAGGCCGAGGACGUAGCCGCUACAACCCUUAUUAGCUUUGUAGCAAAAGUCUAAUGUUAAUUGAUGUUGGGUUUUAACUUUUAUGAAACAAGGAGCACUUAUUUAAACAUGGAAGAGCUUGAAUGAUUUAACUUUGCUUUAACAUC